UAUAUAAAUUUCAAUCCUUCCGCUUCUUCUUCGUCUCUCUCGGUAGGGUUUUCCUCCGCCAUUCUUAACCAUAAAAGCUUUGAAGAAACCUAAAGAGGUGCAUAGAAUGGCCCCUAAGCGAGGUGGAAAGGUGGCCGUCCCAGUCAAAAAGAAACAAGAGAAGGUUGUCAAUCCAUUGUUUGAGAAGCGUCCAAAGCAGUUUGGUAUUGGAGGAGCCUUACCACCAAAGAAGGAUCUACAUCGGUUCGUGAAGUGGCCUAAGGUUGUCCGCAUUCAAAGGAAAAAGAGGAUCCUUAAGCAGAGGUUGAAGGUCCCACCGGCAUUGAACCAGUUUACCAAGACUCUUGAUAAGAACCUUGCAACAAGUUUGUUCAAAUUGCUCCUCAAGUAUAGGCCAGAAGACAAGGCAGCUAAGAAGGAACGUCUCCUGAAAAAAGCCCAGGCUGAAGCUGAAGGAAAAGCUCCCGAAUCUAAGAAACCAAUUGUUGUCAAAUACGGACUUAACCACGACACCUACCUUAUUGAGCAGGUAGCUCUUUUUCUUCUUCAAAAUCAUCGAUUUAGCAUGUGUGGCAUUGUGCAUUCUGUUUAUAUGGUAAGUUGUUUAAAACAAUGGCUGUUUUUAUUAUUCCUAAUGCAGAACAAGGCUCAAUUGGUUGUUAUCGCUCAUGAUGUGGAUCCAAUAGAAUUGGUUUUGUGGCUUCCUGCUUUGUGCAGAAAAAUGGAGGUCCCUUACUGCAUCGUCAAGGGGAAAUCACGUUUGGGAUCGAUUGUCCACAAGAAAACCGCUUCUGUCUUGUGCUUGACCACAGUUAAGAACGAGGAUAAGUUGGACUUCAGCAAAAUCCUUGAAGCAAUCAAGGCAAACUUCAACGACAAAUAUGACGAGUACAGGAAGAAGUGGGGUGGAGGUAUCAUGGGAUCGAAGUCACAGGCCCGAACCAAGGCAAGGGAGAAGUUACUUGCAAAGGAAGCUGCUCAGAGGAUGACUUGAGAACACCAUUGCUAUCCUUCCAGUUGUACUUUAAGUUCUGGGUUUUCUUCUUUUUUGAUUAAAUGGUCCUCUGAAGUAGAAGCCGCAAUCAAACAUUCAAACUCUAUUUUCUCU